UCUUUCUUCUUUCUUCUCUAUUUAUACCACUUUUUACAAAAACGCUCUUACUGGCAUGACUAGAGUAUGUCCAAAAACAAAACAAUAAUGAAACAAGCCAAAAUAAACGAAACGUCAGGAUCUGUACCCGAGUUCAUUCAAAAACUAUUUAGAAUGCUGGAAAACCAAGCGUUUAAAAAUACUUUUUGUUGGAAUGGAGAUGGUACCACCUUUAUUGUUAAAGAUACAAAUGAGUUUUCUAAAAGCAUUUUACCAAAGCAUUUUAAACAUUCUAACUUUGCAAGUUUUGUACGUCAAUUAAACAAGUAUGAUUUUCACAAAGUACGCAACGGUGAAGAUGGUCAAAAGCCAUACGGCGAUCAAGCCUGGGAAUUUAUUCACCCAAAGUUUAUCAGGGACCGUAAAGAUCUGUUAGAGGACAUUAAGCGGAAAGCACCUGGAAAUAAAACCAAGAAAGAAGAAUCUCCGGUCCAUAUUGUACCACAACUAGCGACCGCAUCAAAACAACCAAGUGUGAAUUCCGUACAAGAAAUCAAGGACAUUGGCCUUAAUUUACAGUUACAAAUUGAUCAAUUGAAAAAGUCCAGGAGUGCCUUGGAAGAAAACAUUUGUCAACUGAAAAAGAGUGAUGAACACAUCAUGAGUGAAUUAGCAAACUUUAAUAAGAGUAUGGCUGUCAAAGAUAACCUUAUUAAAGAUUUUCUUAGGCUAGUUACUGAGAAAGAAAAACAAACUCAUACAACUGCUAUUGUCACAAAUUCAAGUCAAGCACAACAUUUAUUAGAUUCCUUUACUCGGAUAUCUCAAAACAAUUCCGAACAAAUGACGAAAUUAAACGAACAGCUGAAUCCGACUGUAGCACAUCAUAAGAUUAUUACAGAGAUCAAGCAAGAAAACAAUGAAACUGCUUCCGCUGCUGCUGCCGCUGCAUCCAUGAAUGCGGGAAGUUUGAUUGGAUCACCCCUUAAAACUGCUGAUGGCCUGACUUUUGUCACGUUGGGUAGACUUUCCUCCAACAUGUCAGUACGAGAUAAUCAACCUGCUAUCGAAAUCAUGGCUGCUGAUCAAACCCCCAAUCUAGCUACGGCCCUACAAAGACCAACCGCAAAACGUAAAUCCUCUCCAUCAACUUCUUCCCCAUCGUCAUCAUCUCAGGUCAGCUGGACUGUACCUCCUCGUAUCUUGCUGGUAGAUGAUGAUUCCGUAUACCGUGAUUUAAGUGGAAAGUUGUUACAAAUCAUUGGUUGUACCAUUGAUUUAGCAAAAGAUGGUGUGGAAGCAUUAAAGAAGAUGGGCAUGGAAAAAUAUGACUUAAUCCUAAUGGACAUUGUCAUGCCCAAAAUGGAUGGUAUCUCGGCUACACGCAGCAUUCGACAAUAUGACGCCUUAACACCUAUUAUCUCGAUGACAUCCAACUUUACUGACAAUGAUAUUAUGCAAUACAUUGGUAGCGGUAUGACAGAUAUACUGCCUAAACCAUUUUCAAAGCGCACAUUGUAUCAGAUGUUGGAAAAGUAUUGUGCUCAUUUAAAGACGAUCCAAAGAGUGACCGGAUUAGAUCCAUCUACGUCCUUAUUGAAUCCUUCGCCCUUAAACGGCCUUGAUUUAUUACCUAUAUCAUCUACACCUCCUCCUUUAACACCUCAGCCACCACAACAGCAUCCACAAGACCCACCACCUCCACCUUAUUCCUCCAUCCCCUCCAGUAAUAAUAGUACGCCUCCAACUAGUACACCUACCGCUUUUCCAUUGGCACCUUAUCCAUACCCUGUCACAAUGAACUCCGUUCCUAACGACAUCACUGGUGGAGAUUUUAAUAAUUCGAAUAAUGGUGAGAUACCCAACGUGACUUUUUGGCCACAGCAACAACCACAACAACAAGACCCGUUACCUGCCAUCAUCCCGAAUGAUGGUAAGUUCACGUGGGCAGUGCCAAAUACCAUUGCAGAGCAAUCUCAGAUAUUUGAUCCUGUUGCUGUAGCUCUGAAUGAGUCCAAGCGGCGUAGAAUGAAUCAAAUGAAUAAUUUGUUACCUGUAAAUAUCCACUGCUUUUUUCUAUGUAUAGCAGACGUCUCCCUUUCCAAUUUUUAAAUAGAUUCCCCUCUUCUCUCUUUGAUCAUUUGUAAUACAAAUAAAUAAAUAAAAAAUGA